CGUCACCCUUUAAUUGAAUUAGCAUGUUGAUCACGGCAGAAUAAGAUCUGGAUGCGGCAUGACAUGUGCCCGGAGCUUGCCAUGUCCAAUUGGCGCCCCUCGCCGUCCACCAAACCGCCAGAUGACAAGUCUGCACAGUCUUUACGCACGGAGAGCGCACGGAGGAGAGUUUGCGAGCACGCAUGGGGGUCCCUCCCUUCCGCGCCGCCCGUGGCCUCCUCACCCCGGCGGGCUACUCCACGACUCUGCCAAACCCUCCCGAUCCCCCAUUUCCCUCUCUCUACCUUUCCUCUGAAGAAACAACCCGGCGUUACGUCAGAAAGUGCAGGGCAAGCAAGACGGCGUCUUAGGAGCUAUUCGUAGGCAUUGCUGCCAAACCCGACUUGGGGCUGCUCAUGAGCUCACUGCAGCCAAUGCAAUUUACAAAUCCAACUCUUUUAAAACAGCAGCAGUAUGUGGUCUCUGUUGCUGGCACAGUUGCGCAAAAAAAACAAACAGGCAGCAGUGUAAACGGUGCAAAGAUAAAGAGUAGACUGGCUUACACUCACUGAAAAAAACCAUGACAUGAUGAGGCAACAGAGAUUUUUGACGCACAUAGAUUCUUGCAGCAUUUUUUUGUGUUUGAUUCUUUGCUGAUCUCAAAAACAACAUGCCCCACGCUCGAAAUAGGAACCCUAGCCCCAUCCCUGAGGUAACAUGGGACACGGGACUGAAGGAGAUGAACGAGACCUGGAAAGGAGCUAUAGCCUGUCUCGGGGUGGCCGUCUUCUUUGUAAUGACCAUCGGGAUCAUAUACUGGCAAGUGGUGGACCAGCCCAACAAAAACUGGAUCCUCAGGGGGACUUUUAGCGGACUGAUUUGGGAGAGAAGAACCCACUCUCUGGUCAUACAGACCCUAACGGAGGAAAAGACAUACGUGGAAAUUGACGUGGGGAACGUGGGGAACCCCGACGUCGAGGUUCCCUUUGUGAGGAACCUGUGCUGGCUCAAUAAAACUGAAUUCUGCUAUACGUGGGACUCGGUGGCCGAGGUGAAGAUCUCGCUGGAGGUGGAUGAGGAGAAGGAGACGGAGUGCUACAGCAUGACUUGGACGCCGGUGCACUGUCAUGUGGAGCUGAAGGACUGCUUCUCCAUGACCAACGUGUCCUGGUACGGAGGCGCCAGCGUGCGUGGUCAGACGUGGCCGAUCAACGACCAGAACGCCACGAUGCAGCCGUUCUUCGUCAGCGACCUGAGGGACAAUCCCUCUGGGUUCGGCUCGGCCCUGGAGCGCUACUUCCUGGGCUCGUCAGGUGUUGCGGUGCUCGUAUCUCCCGAUAUUCCCCUGCAGAUCGGCGUGGACAGCAGGCAGCAGUUCUGCCUCCAGUCGCUGCCUAGCAUGGAGCGACUCCCUCUGCAGUACACUGUGUGUGUGGCCCACGACGUAAAAGCUGCACACCAGGAAGCGGUGCAACAACUCUCCGAGCACAGCAGGGAGCUGCCCGACAUGAAAACACUGUGGCUGCCGUUCUGGAAGCUGCUCGCCAAUGUGGAUUCGGGGCAGAAGGUGGAGAGGGAGCUCAGGACCUUCUCUAACCGUCUGAGGAGACACCAGCUGGGGGAGGGAGUCAUCAGCCUCAAUGAACAUUCCACCACCCUCCUCUCUGAUAUGGACCAUGACUACCUCAACAGCAGGAAAAGGGGGAUGUCCAAGAGACUGACCAGGGACCUCCCACUUGUCAAGCUUUUUAACAUUUCCAUCACCCUGUCCCCUUUCCUGGGCGUGGACACCACACAGUUCCACACCUCCCUGGUCGACGGCACCGAGGCCUACUGGCUCAGCCUCCCCUCUGCCCCCCAGGGACGGCUGAUCCCUGUCCUGAGUCAGUGGCGAGGAAAGUUCUGCGUAAAGCUGAACAUCACAAAUCCAGGAGCCGUGAGCUGGUUCCUGGACAGGGUGGGGUCCCUGCAGGCCCAUUUAGGAAUGGAGUACAUCACGCUGGAGGGGGGUGAGGGAAAUCUGUUCGAGGAGCAGGCCUUGAGGCCACCGCAGGCUCUGACCGGAGACAAGUACAUCAGCCUGCUGGCCGACCUGGCCACCAGGAUAGGAGAGUCCGCCAUCAUGACGGCAGGGACACGGUCAAGCCACAAGCCGCUGUUUGUGAGGAUGACCCCCUUGCAAUCUGACUGGAGCUCGAUGGGUCUGAGGGCCAUCAUUCCCUCCCUGCUGCACCACACUCUGCUGGGAUACAACUUCCUCAUUCCUGAUGCAGUAGGUGGCUCUCUGUCUGGGGACCUGGUCGCAGAUGAGGAGUUGUUCAUCCGUUGGCUGGAGAUCGUGGCCUUUCUCCCCGUUAUCAGCUUCCACACGCCACCCUGGGUCUGCGGAGAAGACCAGGUGCUAAACCUAACUCGGACCUACAUAGCGAAGCACCAGAGGGAUGUGGUACCGCUGAUUGAAAAGUAUGCGGAGGAGUGGCAGAUGACGGGAAACCCCAUCUACCGGCCGAUGUGGUGGCUGAGUCCCAACGACCCCAUGACCUACACCAUCGAUGACCAGUUCCUCAUCGGAGACGAGGUCCUGGUGGCACCAGUGGUGGAGAAGGGGGCAGUGCAGAGGGAUAUUUAUUUACCCGACGGGGGCUUCCAGUGGGAGGACGGCCGCAACGCGCAGGUGUUCGAUGGGGGGACGUUCCUGCAGGACUACCCUGUACCCCUGGCAGAGGUGGCUGUUUUCCUACGGAGAAGCUGAGUCACAUGACUGAUCUACUGAGUCACAUGACUUAUCCUGUUACUGUUCUGAAUCAAAUUCUUUUUUCUUUUUUUUCUUUUUUAAAUAUACUUGUGCUAUUCUCAAUUUGCACUUUUCCACUAAAGACCAUUGACCCUUUCUCAAGGCUCUGCUGCCUUGACAUGAAAUGUAGGAAGAUUUCAUUUUUUUUUUUAUACUUGCACUUUACGGUUCAAAAUGAUUUGUAUUUUUCUUUUUCUCUCGUGAAUUUGUUAAUCGGUUUUACCUCUUGGCUGAUUUUGUUUCCGGAAUUUUUUGAUCGGUCCUGCUUUUUCUUUUUCUUUUUCUUUUUUUUGUUUUCGGAGAAAUCUGUGUGUUUACAUACUGCAUUUCUACAGUCUUUAAAUACUUAGUUGCUGCUGGCUCUCUUGAUAAGGAGGAACAAAGCAAGCCCCUUUGUUUGCUUAAAUGAAUCUGAAUCUCUCAAGAAGACCAAAUGAAGACAUAGGAAAGUCAAAGGAAGAUGUGUGAAAGGGCUUUUCGGAGGGAAAUGCUUACUGGGAGGAAAUGAGUUCAUCGCAAGCUACGUACAGAGACACCACACGUCUUGCUCACUUGUUGAAAAGGCUGUUACUUGAACUUAUCGAGCCAAAGGGCUGACGUUUCAUGAAUGUACCUCAACUUAUGGAUUUUCAUUGCUUCACAAAGUCACCAGACACAACAACCUAUGACCCGCUCACACGUAUUAGUUUAAUCCUUUUUUAUCAACCUGCCAGUUUGUUGGACAUUUCUGAUUGUCUCUUAGUACUGUACGGUAAACGUGCUUGAGGCCAAGAAACUGUCGUAACUUUGCAUAUAUUUGGAUAUUUCAGCUUAGACUAGGUUUUACCUGGUUACUAACCUGCUGCUUUUCGCUAACUGACUGAUACUGUAUUAUAGUACUAAAAUAUGCCUUCAUGACACCACGGGUGUAAUGGAGAUUCCUGAUUAAUACCUUGACAUUUGGGGAUGUACGCUUAUUCGUUUUCUGUUUCGCUUCAUUUAUUUAUUCAUUUUUUUAAGGUACUACUAGCAGCCUAAAACAUAAGCAACAGCUAGCUAGUCCCAGUUAGCCUAAGUUAGCAAAAAUAAGAAAAUCUGACAACCAACACCUCUGAAACAACAGUUGUUCAUUUAUAUUUUACAAAAAUAGAGACAGUCACAUCUUUAUUUUAUGGUUGUUAUGCUAAGCUAACCAUCUCCUAGUUCUAGACUCUCUACAUAACAAGCCCAAAACAACCACACAGCAUAUUUCCCCAAAUGCCCAAAAAUCCAUGAAAACAGCACAACUGAUGUAGUGUUGAAUUGGAGAUUCCUAAUUAAUAGUUUUACAUUUGGGGGUGUAGCCUACACAACAAAAUUAUCAGAAGAACACCAUGUUGUCGUCCAGGUAUCGUAAAUACAAAACUACCACAAGCAGGUUAGCUUAGCAUAAAAACUGUCUAUAUAAAGAAAUGUCUAGCUUGGACCAAAGCUAGAAUCUGAGCAAUGGGAUAAACUAUGUAAAAAAAUAAAAUGAACUAAAAUAAAGCAGGUUCCUCUUUUACACUGUGCUUCAUAUCAAACUAUCAAAAUUUGGUCAGAGCAUGGACUGUAUAAAGAUGGACGGCGGAACUGCUCCUCAAAAGUGAAGCCAUGUUAGUGGAUGGGAAUUAAAACACUUAAAUACAUGCCAAGUAUUUUUUAAGGAUGGUUUCAGUCAUUUUAGGUAGUUAAUAUAAUGUUUUAAUCAUGCAUGUUCAAGUGUCUGUUCUUUGGAUAAGUUUAGUUAGUUAUUUUACGCUAUAGCAACAGGAUGUGACAUAAUGCCGACCACCAGUUGCCAUGCCAACCCCUCCGUAAAGAGGUUCCGUGGGACCGUGAGAGUUGUAAAAACAAUUGUUAAAAAUAAGUACAGUUUAUAAUCCAACAUUUACUUGUAACUGGUGGAGGUAGAGCAGAGUGUAGUGUUGAUUAGUUGAAAAUGCAAAUUGUGUGCGGGGCAUUGAUAUUGUGGCUCCAAAGUGCAAGAUGGCUCCGCCCACAUGCCCGUCCCCAAAAAUAGCAUCAGUUUGGUCAAUGCAAGUAAGUGGGGACACGCCGUCCAUAUUUAUACAGUCUAUGGGCCAGUUUUCCCGAUUUUAUGCUAAGCUAACAGCCUUUCUACUUAACAGGCAUUUAUGGUACCAGUUAAAGCAACUGAGCUUAAAUCUCCAAAUGUCAAACCAAAUAUAUGUGAAAACAAUACUCGCUUAUGGAGAUAUUGUCACCGAAAGAAGUCAUAUACUUCGAACUUGAGCUUGAUGUCAAAGUGCAGCAGCCUUCACGAGUAAUUCAGUUUCUGCCCUCAUCUCACGCAUACCUCGACCUCGUCUACCCUUCAGAUUGUAGUGGUAACAGUUUAACAGAAAGUUAUUUGAGUCCCGACGUAAUGCUCUAAGCAAAUUAGAAAACAAAUUUUUCUAACGUGAUUAUAUUCAGUAUCCACACACGAAGAGUUUGUAAUCCUACGUAUGAUUAGCUAGUCAAUAGUGCUCUUUGUCAAUGCUUUUUUUUUUUUUUUUUUUUAUUGGCUGAUUUGUUUUUGGCAAUCUUAACCGGCCAGCAGUAAUGAUACAGACUCUGGAAACGUACCGCUUGUGUUUACUGUAUCAACUCAAACACUCAGGUCUAACGAAGCUUAUCAGAUCACCAAAUGUCUUAGCAGAAUGUUGUGAACACAUCGACGUCUUAAUCUCUCCUAGAGCAGAAUGUACAAGGACAAAACUGUGAUUUCCCACAACCCCUCUGUGUGCGGAGCUUUUCUAGUUCCCCCCGUUGUAAUGCCUUUCGUGGAAUGCCGUGGUACGUUCACAUAGAAGUCGCAGGAAAAGCUUUGAUGUGUUAUUCCUUCCCCUCUACAGACUGAGCGAGCCAUGUUCCUUAAUAUGCCACUCUUAAAAACCUGGACAACACGAUGUCUGGAUUAUUGCAGUAUCAGCAAUGUAUAUAUUACGAUGACUGUGCCAUUACAAGUUUUUUUUUUUCCCCUUUUCUUUUCUUUUUCUGUAAAUCAGAGAGCGUAGAAUGACAAAAUUGCAAUAAAGUUUACAUUUUCUUACGUCA